UUUCUAACUGGAGUUUCUGGUUAGGAGGCAACCAAUCGUUUUAAGACAAGGUCAACAUAUGUGCGCCUAUGAAUAGAUACGACUCGAUCACACCGACCACCACCUUGCUUUCCCACCGACUCCAGCUGUAUCACCAUAGAACGCGUUAUUUCGAUUUUCUUGCUGGGAUUCUCUGCAACGGGCAGCUCCAGAUAGUCUGAACCUAUCUUAAUCUCUUACGUUCUGAGAGUGCAAUCGCCGGAGGUUCAGCGUACACCUUACAUUAAUAUUGUUUGAAGCUACAAGAUGUCUUCGGGCUUGCCAGGAGGUCUAUCCUCCGCCGGACCCACCCAAUCUGCCUCAAUUCGAUCUCAACUCUCUACUUCCAUGAACGAGACGCACUCGUUGCUUGAACCUUUUCCUCAAAAGGAACCAAUCCCUGCGUCGAAGCAGGAAGGGGAGGCUGCUGAACCUGUUCGGAUAUUCCGCUGGAGAACUUUGCUACAACUCGACGUCGCAUCUGCGGAUUGGGAUAUUCUUGUAUUGUCGACGUGUCUCAAAUUGCUACUCUUUCCUGCUUACCGUUCUACCGACUUCGAGGUGCAUCGCAAUUGGCUAGCAAUAACACAUUCAUUACCGAUUUCUCGCUGGUACUAUGAUACUACAUCGGAGUGGACCUUGGACUACCCACCAUUUUUCGCUUAUUUCGAAAAACUACUCUCAAUACCUGCUUAUUUCAUAGACUCCAAGAUCGUGGAUCUCCAGAACCUAAACUACGAUGCUUGGUCUGUGGUUGUAUACCAGCGCAUAACAGUAAUUGUGACAGAACUAGUGCUUGCCAUUGUUCUCCAAAGGUUCAUACGAGAAGCUGCAGAUCCGAGUGUCCAGAGGAUCAUAUCGGUGUCCUUGUUUUUGCAUCCAGGCCUCCUCAUAGUAGACCACAUACAUUUCCAAUACAAUGGAUUUAUGUUUGGCAUCCUUCUUUGGUCGAUUCUUAUGGCUCGAAAUGGCAACAAACUGGCAAGCGGAUUCCUCUUCGCCAUAUUGCUCAAUUUCAAACAUAUUUAUAUGUAUCUCGCUCCUGCAUAUUUUGUUUACCUUUUACGCUCCUUCUGCCUUUCCCCUACUGGCGCACUUCAACCCACUAAGUUCCUUUCUCUGGCAAACGCUGUCAUAAUUGUUUUCCUCGCCUCUUUGGGUCCAUUUAUCCUAAUGGGACAGCUACCACAACUGCUCAGUCGACUUUUUCCAUUCACUCGCGGUUUGAAUCAUGCAUACUGGGCUCCAAAUGCGUGGGCUUUAGUCACCGCUGCUGAUAGGGUCCUUUUGAAAGUCGCUCAGCGGUUUGGAAUUGAAGUACUCGCUAUCAACGAAGCAGGUGUUGCUUCGACCUCCCGAGGUCUAGUCGGCGAUACGGUGUUCGCGGUCAUCCCCAAUGUGAAGCCUAUACACACGUUCAUCAUUACUAUUGUCUUCCAAGCUAUAUUCCUAACCAAAUUAUGGCGUCUACCGAGCUACAAGUCCUUUGUUACCGCAUUGACCUUGUGUGGAUAUACAUCUUUCAUGUUUGGGUGGCACGUACACGAGAAGGCAAUUCUCCUUGUCCUUGUCCCUCUCAGCCUGUUGGCGGCCGAAAACAACGCAUUCUUCAGGACCUUCAUGAUCGCUUCGGUCGCUGGUAUAUUCUCUCUAUUCCCUCUAUUAUUUACACCAGCUGAAACACUUGUCAAGAUCGUCUACUCCAUCCUUUGGGCUCUCUUGGUCUUCGAACCACUACAGAGGAAAGUGUAUGAGUUUCCGACAUCGCUUCCAUUCGUUAUCAUCGACGUGUUGGAGAAGGUGUAUCUUGCAGGCUUUGUUGUCCUGCAAAUAUUCGUCACCUUGUUUCCCCUCUUUACUCAGCGGUCGGCUGUAUCAACUACAUAUGCCGACACUGUUAACAAGACUGUCCAUUGUGGGACAGAUGGUGCAUCCCCAUGCGGAGUUGUAGGUGCGGAUGUUACCAGCGGAUCAGCCUCAGGCCUGGAAUUCCUACCACUCAUGCUAACCAGUAUAUAUUGCGCCGUUGGGCUGGUUUGGGCAUUCAUUCGCCUGUCCGUGUUGUAUUUAAAGCAAAGCGAAGAUGGAAUAUGGACAUGACUGGACGUAUACAUACACUGUAGUACAUUUGGAGCCUGCAGUAUAUCUCUUUAAUUCCUUUCAUUGUGUAACUUGACUCGUGUUCGGGGUUUGCAGAUAAUCGGAAUGGACGUGGAUGGGAUUUCCAUUCACUGCCCUUUCAAUGGGCGUC